UCUUGACAUGAUUUGACGGAGAACAUGUGAGCAAAUGACGCCCAACGAAACUUGAUCAUGCCAGGAGAAAAUGAGUCCAAAAAUAGAACGUUUCCAAUAAUUUGGUAUCCUAAGCCAAGCAGCUAGUGCGCACUUUCUCUCUCCUGGGUCACCCUAGAGGUCAGCAACUGUCGGGAUGGUGAACAACAAAACAUUGUUCAGUUUUUGAAGACCUAGUUUUUGAAUCCCAAACUACGCUUCCGCCUUGGCUACUGGUUCAACCUAAAUAUCAUGAAGAAGCAUGUUUAUUUCAACCUGAAUACAAAGUAAUCCCAUUCAAGAAACGUUUUGCAAACCCAUGUGCAUGCAGAGAGUCGAAAGAAUCUAAUAGGUGUGUAAACUUUCCUAGCUCAGCUAGCCCAGCUGCCCUUGUUAUCUGAAAAGUUGGGGUGAAAGGGAGUAAUCCAAUAUGAUGUUGAUGGACUCGUCGCGCACAACAAUUCCUUCACCUCCCUCUAACCCGCCCUCGCUCGCUCGGUGCCUCACCCUCUCUCUCCCUCCCUGCACUCGUUCGGUGACUUGAUCCGACCCCAGAUAGCUUGAGGGUAAACAACCCAAGAUGAGAUCAGCGCGCUCAAAAAGGAAGGGGUGCGCAAAUGUCAUCGGCAAUUGAAGGGGCAGCCCAUGGAUUGAGCCAGCUCGAAAGUGUGUCCGAGAUCAACAUAGGAUUGCUCAGUUCGUCAGUUCCGAUCUGCCUCUUCCCUUCAAGGGACCUCGCGAGAAGUCUCAAGAAAGCUCUUUACCAAUACCAAUGUGUUUGACCCAAAAGAAUCAAGACCAUCAAUGAUCUCAACCCUAUCCGGUUUGAAGAAAUAGACCAAGUUCUAUCUCCUCUUUACAACAACAUAUCCUGGUGACACGGAACUAGUCUUGUAUUCAGGUAACCAAGUCACUACUCUUCUUUGGAGUGAACCUUGAAUACAUCAAUCCAAUACAAUUUACAGUAAUCAAACUCAAGUCAAGAUGAACCCAAGGCGCAUUGAAAAUCAACCUCUGCUCUCUGAAGACCGUGUUAGCUAUCAUGAUCAACGUCCUGAGCCUGACGCAAAUCAAUGUGAUCAAGAGGACGAAGUCAUCACCAUUGAAGAUGAGCCCACUGCGGUGUUAAGUUCUGAAUACGAAAACUUGGACAUCACACCUGAGCAUUGGAGUACUUCGCUCUUCGUGUGCCAGAAGAAUCGCACCAGUCGAGAGGCCACUUUGGGGAUUUUGAUUGUGGUAUGGGCUGGGUUGAUCUUCACUUUCGCCAAUGUGAUCCAAAAGGUGAUUGCUCCCGAACUUAACUUCUGGCACCUGCUCUUCUACCGCUCCAUCGCUCAACUUCUGUUUAUAUCGGGAUUCUUGAUCUAUAAGAAGAAAAGUAUCUUUCCGACCUACAACCUGCGACUUAUGAUUCGAUUAGUGACUCAGGGCAUCCUAGGAGGACUCUUGUUAUUGUGCAUCUUCGUUGCGAUCAAGAAUGUGCCCUUGGGCAACGCCUCUUCGAUUUUCUUCUGUACUCCCGUGUUCACCUUCAUCUUUGCUGUGUUCAUGCUCAAAGAACGCAUGGGUUGCUACAGAGGAUUGAUAUCUAUUCUCAUGAUCACUGGGGUGAUCCUCAUCACCCGCCCGCCAAUCUUUUUCACCAACGACGAGGCCCCUAUCAAAUGCGAUCCUCACCAAGACAAUUUCACAAUUGGAAACAUGAUGAUGGCCACCAGUGCAUUCACACCCGCCGGACCUGGGAUCUCUUACAGCGAUUUGAAAAAUCAUCAUCACCACCACCAUCACCAUCCCGAUUGUCAACACAACCAAACUAAUCCUGAAGAUUCCGUCCAUGUCGAUAAUACGAACUAUACCCUUGCGGGAUACCUUUGCUGCAUUGCCGUGCCCUGCCUCUCUGCUGUGGUUAGCAUCAUGACCCGCCAAUUGAAGGUGUUCCAUCCGGCCAUUCUCAUGUUCUGGUUUGGCGUGGGUGCCUUUGUGGUCGGAGUUGGUGGCAUUACUAUAAUGGACCAAGCCGCGGGUCUGUUCCAACUGAAAUUCGCUGAAUGGAUGUUUGUGAUUCUCAUCAUCAUUCUUGGCUUGUGGGGCAAUAUCUCGUACACAGUGGCUGUUAAAUUUGUCAGUCCGAGUAAGGCCAACGUGUUCCGCAGUUUCGAGGUGAUCUUGAACUUUGUGCUUCAAGUGACUUUGGAGCACACUCCCAUGUACGUGACAUGCAUCAUCGGAAUCAUUCUCCUCCUCUUGGCCGUGGUUUGCACGGGAUUCGAAAAUGAUGUCAUGAAGAAAUACGGCCAAAAACGAUGGAUUUGAUCCCGACCUUACUAUAGACAUUGACUUGCCUAUUCUCUUAAUACUCGAAUCGAAUAAAACUCUUGAAUAUAAAAAA